UAAUUUAAAACGGGCAACAAGUGACGAGUCGGAUCCACUCUGAUCGGACCGCCCCGGAUAGUGGGUAAAUCCUUGGAGUUGGACCUUUUGACACUUUCGGAGUUUUUAGACAAAAUCGAAUAUCCGAACAACGAAGGGAACUGUGAUUGGAAUUGGAUCAUAUCAAUCAACAAAUCAGAUGCCAGUGAGAGUGGUGGAAAGCUCCGCACCUUCUCAAGUUUCAGGUGCAAAUUCUGGAAAGACUUCACCCCCGGCAUGCACACUUUUGAGUGUUGGACAGGCGUUCUCUGGUACUCAGAAUGUUUCUAGUCUUCAAAAAGAUGAAGCAUGGAGAGUUAAUGUUCGCAUACAGGGAUGUGACCUUGAACAUGGGUAUCUAUGUGGCACCAUGGAAGCUCUCAAUGUUCCUAUGGCAGACACACCAGUAAGCACUUCUUCCAUUUGGUCUAAUGUUGUAAGCAACCAAGCCAUUGAGGAUCUUUUUGCAUACCUGGACAUAUCAGAAGAUUCAGAACAAAAUGUUAAUGUUAAAUUGAUUCCAAAUGAAGAUCACAUAUAA